AUGGUGUUCGGAUCAGGAGACUCUGAAAACCAUACUAGAAAUUUCUACGAGAAGCUGUUUACUAGUGAGCUCAAUAAUCCUCAACCGUACGAGUCUCGUGGUCUUUUCCCUAGUCUUACUAGUGUUCAGCUUAAUACUCUUAGCAGGCCCUUCAGUAAUGAGGAGAUCAAAGGCGCGCUCUUCAGUAUGGGGGCCUUGAAAGCCUCGGGGUUAGAUGGCAUUCAUGCGAGCUUGUAUCAUAGAAACUGGGAGACUGUAGGGGGUAAUGUUUGUCGCCUUGUGAAGCAUGUUCUUGAAGGUGGUACCAUGGAGGAGUCCUUAAACAGUACUUUACUCGUUCUGCUUCCCAAAGUGGAUAACCCUGAAACCAUUACGCAGUUUAGGCCUAUCAGCCUCUGCUUGGUGCUCUACAAGAUCAUCACUAAAGUGAUUGUCAACAGAAUCAAGCCGAUCCUGCCUGAGCUUGUUUCUAAAUGCCAAACAAGUUUUAUUCCCGGACGUUCGAUUAUUGAUAAUAUUGUGUUAGCCCAAGAACUUGUCCACUCCAUGCGGGUGAAAAAAAGGGAGGAAAGGGUGGAUGGCCAUCAAAAUAUGUUAGGAAAUAAACCGAGUCAGAAGGUUAGCCUUCACAGGACGAGUAUCUUCUUUUCAAGUAACGUCCCAUCCCAUACUAAGGACGCGUUAGCUAAGGAGUUAAGUAUUCAUAAGGUCAAAGAUCUUGGCACCUAUCUUGGGAGAAUCACCCUUGCCAAAUCAGCUCUGCCGACUAUCCCUUAUUACACCAUGCAGUCAACUCUUCUGCCUAAAGGAACUUGCAAUGAGUUGGAAAGGACGAUUCGGAAUUUUUUCUGGGGACAGACUAGUGAAAGAAGAGGAGUCCACUUAGUAAAUUGGGAUAUCCUUUGCAACCGGUUAAAGGGGGUUUUACGAAGCAAGUACAAAGUAAAGGAGAGAAUCCCUGAAACUCUUCCGCACCGGUCAGGUUCGCAGCUUUGGAGAAGCAUCAGCUCUUUAUGGAGCAACUUUAGAAGCAACCUAAGCUGGAAUAUUGGUGACGGUAGAGACGCUGAGUUCUGGAGGGACGACUGGCUGAGUGGCGUAGGACAACAACUCUUCCUGAUAGUCAGAACAACAACUGUAAAGUCAAUGCAGAACAACAACCGUAAAGUCAGAAACUUGGUCACAUCACGAGGAACUUGGAAUUGGGACAAAUUAACACCAUUACUUCCUGAUAGUAUUCUUCGAAGACUUGAAGCAACUCCACCUCCUCUGGCUGAUAACCUGGCUGACUCUCCGGGCUGGUCAGCCUCCGAGCAGCGCACUUUCACCCUAAGAUCUGCCUACAAAAUCAUUGCCAACACGGACAACAUACAGGAGGAUAAAAUCUGGGAGAUCAUAGCAAAACAUAACAAUAUUCCAAGGAUCAGAACUCUUCUAUGGCUCAUCAGAAGAGAGAGUUUACUUACCAACUCAGAACGUGCCCGACGAAACAUGACUAUGGAAGAGAGCUGCCCCAUGUGUGGGGGCGUACACGGUCUGGAUGGAACUGAUCAACCCUACAAGGCUACAAGACUUCUUAAACAGCAGCAUGAAAAACUGGAUUAUGGAUAA